AUGGAUCCGAGUCAGCAGUACGGCGGCGAAGAAGCGCCCGACAAGGAGACAAUGGAGCAGAUUCGAGCUCGUCGACUUGCAAGGCUGGGUGGCCCAGCAACUCCGAAACCGCAGGACGCCUCGGGCAACAAAACUCCAGACUCCAAACCGUCCUCGCCUGCACCAAGCGCCGGACAGGAGAAGCCAAAGCCAAAGACAGCCCCCAUCCCAGCAGCUAUUAAGAAAGCAGAAAACCCUUUUGCGCAGAUAGCAACACCUCCUCCUCGAAAGCAAACGCCCCAACAAGCAACUGAGUCGGACGAAGAAUAUGCAAGCCGGAUCCUGGGCCAAGUCUUCCGCAUCACAGUCGACCCUCAUAACAUGACGAGUACGCUUGGUCAGCGAUUGACGUUUCUUCCCAACUUGAACCAAGAAUUGAACGAAGCUGGAGAGCCUCUCCGUAUCUCGGUGUCUAUUCUUGACCAGGCUAUUAUAGAAUCAUGCUCCAACUUUCCAGCAGACAAGCCGUUGAUGCAGUAUCUCCUGCCCUGUUGGAAGCGAGCCCUCAAGGCCCACCCGCCAAAGAACGCUUCACCAACCCGUGCCAGCGUUCACGAGGAGGCUAAGCGUCUUUGUAUGAGCAAUUGCUUGUUUGCUUUGGCCAUGCCAGAUCUUUAUGGCCGCGAGCCGAACCCCGAGCACGAUACUCUUGCGUCUUUUCUCGUUCGAGGCGUAACAGAUGAGAAUGGCCUGGAUUAUGAAUUUAUUCAGGAGGCUAUUAAACGAUUUGACGAUGACGAAGCCAUCCCGGCGCUCUUUACCGAGGCCAUGGUCAGAGUUAGCACAGAGUUGUCACGAAUGUCCAUGGGCGAUAGUUAUAAGGGACACGUCCAGGCUUUAAUGACAUAUGCACGUUUUCCCUCUUUGUUGACGAACCUUACCACACAUCCUUGCUUCAACAUGGCACAAUCUGCACCUGGUAUCGAAAAGCACACCAUCUUGGGUCCGUUCUUCAGAUUGUCACCGCUACAGCCUGAAGUUGUCAAGAGCUAUUUCCCAGGCCCGCGCACUCUCGACCGUGGUAGAAUCAAGAAUGCCCAGGAUGCCAUGCGAAUGGUUCUUCGAACCCACCAAGAUGAUCUCUUUACCAUUGCGAAUGCAUUCAUUAGAGCUGGCGCGGACACGAGAAACAAAACGCUAAACUGGUUUGCCUAUAUCCUUAAUACUAAUCAUAAGCGCAGAGCGAUGCAAGUGGAUCCAAGAGAAGUUGCGUCUGAUGGGUUCAUGCUCAACAUCACAACGAUUCUUGACCGAUUCUGCGAGCCGUUUAUGGAUAACGACUUUACCAAGAUUGAUAAGAUCGAUAUUCAAUAUUUCAGACGCAACCCACGCAUUGAUAUCUCUGACGAAACGAAAAUCAACGCCGAUGAAGCAACCGCAAAGAAGUUUUAUGAGACCAAAGUUGACGGAGAAUCCAACUUCAUUUCAGAAGCCUUCUUCCUCACUCUUGCCGCUCACCAUUACGGUAGUGAAGCAUUGAACGGCCAGCUGAAGAGCCUAGAUCGUGAUAUCAAGUACAUUGAGAAAAAACUCAAAGAGAUUGAAGGAGAACGACACAAGGUAGCUCACUCACCCGACCAGCUGAGACUCUUUGAAGCGACGGUCCAACGUACAACGCUUGUUCUGGAGAAGACAAUUGCGCUACGCUACUCUGUUGAGGGCGUCCUGUUGGAUGAGCGCAUGCAAGGCACCUCGUUGAGAUUCAUGCGCUAUGUCGUGGUCUGGCUUCUCCGCGUGGUGACUGGCAAGAACUACAAGCCAGGACGUGAAAGCGAAACAAUUACUCUACCCCUCCCCGCACAACAGCUAGACGCAUUUGCUUGUCUUCCUGAGUACACUCUACAAAAUGUAGCGGAUUACUUCGAGUUUGUCUAUCACAAUCUGUUCCAGAUCUUGCCAUCAGCUGUUGGUGAAGAGCUUAUUGCGCUGGCCAUUACAUUCCUUCGCUCGUCCGAGUAUAUCAAGAAACCCUACCUCAAAUCCUCGCUGGUAUCACUGCUCUUCUGGGGCACAUAUCCGAUUGGGCACAUGAAGAAGGGUGUCCUCGGCGACCAGAUGGUCUCGAUGAAGUUUGCCAAUGAGUACUUGCUGCACUCGCUCAUGAAGUUUUACAUUGAAUGCGAGUCGACGGGUGCUAACUCUGCAUUCUAUGACAAGUUUAAUAUCCGAUAUGAAAUCUUCCAGGUUAUCAAGUGCGUCUGGGUCAAUGACGUUUACAAGCAGCAACUCACACGAGAGAGCAAGGUCAACCGCAGCUUCUUUGUGCAGUUUGUCAACAUGCUUCUCAACGAUACCACUUAUGUGCUCGAUGAGGCCUUUACCAAGUUCCCCAAGAUGAUGAUUCUCGAGCAAGAGCUCAAUAACCCCAAUCUGUCGGCGGAGGAUCGCCAGAGCAAGGAGGAAGAGCUGCAGACGUUGGGCUCCCAAGCCGGAUCUAACAUGCAGCUCGCCAACGAGACGCUGGAAAUGAUGAAGCUCUUUACAGAGGCACUGAGUGAAGCCUUUACUAUGCCCGAAAUUGUCUCGCGUCUCGCAAGCAUGCUUAACUACAACCUCGACACGCUGGCUGGCCCCAAGGCUGCAUCAGAGCUCAAGAUCUCCAACAAGGAGAAGUAUCACUUCCGUCCAGGUCAGCUCGUUUCUGACUUUGUCGACAUCUACCUUAACCUGGGCAGCUCGUCUGUCUUUAUUGAUGCAGUUGCGGCUGAUGGCCGAUCCUACAAGCCUGCCGUUCUGAACAAGGUAACAGAGAUUCUGACAAAAACGUCGCACAAGUACUUCAAAGACCCUGCGGAAAUCUCACGCUGGGAAACUAUGAAGCGAAAAUUUGCUCAGAGCAAAGAGGCACUUGACCAGGCCGACUUGGACCUUGGAGAGAUCCCAGCAGAGUUUGAGGAUCCCAUCAUGGGCGAUUUGAUGAUGGACCCGGUCCUCUUGCCCAGCAAACAUAUCGUCGACAGAUCUACUAUUGUCCAGCAUCUUCUGAGUGAUGCCAAGGACCCUUUUACGCGUCAACCGAUGACGAUUGAGGAUGCUAUCCCGCAGGACGAUCUCAAGGAGCAAAUCAUGAAGUGGAGAGACGAAAAGGUAGCAGAGGCGAGAAACAAGAAGGAUGCUGCUGCUGCUGCUGCCGCUACUGAAACAGCGAUGGACACUACAGAAGGCUAG